AAACAGCAGAGAGGCGGCAGGUUGGUGUCAGUGUCCAUAAUGUCGGGCAGAAAGCCCCGGUCUGUGGCAAACCCACUGGAGUCUGCCAUCACCACACCGAGCGAGAAGAUACUGAAAGAAUGCCACGGUUUAUAUGUCGACAGCGAAAACGGCCUGGUGAAGAUUGCCAGCAGCCUUGGAGUGCGGCUUCUACCUCCCAGAAAGAAGAUCAUUGUGAUGAUAAUGGGGAACCACUCUGCAGGAAAGAGCUCCUUCAUUAACUGGUAUGUCGAAGAGCACAUCCAGAAAACAGGCGUUGCCAUUGAAACGCAGGGAUUUACGUUCAUCACAAGUGGUCGCAAAAGAGAAUCAUUGACGGGGAAUGCAACGCUACAUCUCUACCCUCACUUUCGUCCACUCCUGGAGUUCAAAGGUGUUACGGACUAUCUGUGUGCUGAGAUCUCCACUUCCAAGCAGAAGAAGUUCAGUCUGGUGACAUUUGUGGACACACCUGGUUUGGUGGACGGAGACAUGGUCUACCCUUUUGAUGUCAACAGCGCCAUCACCUGGAUGGGAGAACAGGCCGAUCUUAUAUUUGUGUUCUUCGACCCGAUGGGCCAGGCGCUCUGCAAACGCACACUCAACAUUGUGGAGAAGCUGAGUGAGAAAUGUGGAGACAAACUGUUGUUCUACCUCAGCAAGGCCGAUGAAGCUGGGAGGGAAACAGACAGACAGAGGGUGAUGAUGCAGAUAGUCCAGGAGCUGUGCCGUCGUCCAGGUCUCAACAAAUGUGGUUUUGAGAUGCCUACAAUAUACAUCCCCAACCCACAAAGGCCGAGCCGCUGUGAGAACCAGAUCGAUGGGGUGUGUCAGACCAUCGAGAAAACUAUCAACCAGGCCGUUCAGAAGACUUUGGAUCAGCUGGAGAAAGACUGUGACCUUAUUUGUUCCACCAUCAGCAGCAGACUGGAGAAGGACAGGGCUGAUGUGACUCACAACAAAAGCGUCCGUCUUCACUCGUUCUUGUGUGGCGCUCUGGGUAUUUUCCUUCCUGUCCUCUUCAUCCUCAGUUUCGUCGUGCACACCCUCUCCAAAGAGCAGCUGGAUGAGCUGUUGGGUGAAGGGGUGGCCCGGACGCUCUCCAUCUUCACAGGAAUAGUGAUGUAUUUAUGGGACUGGAUACCAGAAGAUGGACAAGUUGUGGUUGUCAUCAUUUUUGGAGCUUUUUGUUACCUCCUGCUUUACCUAGCAAAGCAUUUUGCAGGCCGAGGGAAUAAGACGUUGACAAAGAAGGAGAAGAGGACAAUGGCUGAAUACAGUGACUAUAUCCAGGAUAUCGUCAAAGCAAAGAAGGGUAAAUUGUAUGAAUGGUACCUUCAGCAGUGCGCCGCAGAAUAUGACCUCUGACCUCGGGCCAGCUGAAGACGGAUUUCACACGUGUCGGCAUAUUGCUACAAGAUUUUUGUGAAAAUUGGCGCGUCUGCCACGGGGCAUCAUUUAGUGUUCAUAAAGGAAUCAGUGGGACUUUUUUAAGCAGAUUAUCAUCCACCAAAUGAUCAGGUUUUUCUAAUUUCAGUCAGGCUAGUAUAACGUCUCAAUGCAGCAGCUAUCACUGCCAGCAUGCAUCAUCUCAAGAGCUUCAAUUAAAGAUUAAUAUGAAGUGCCUUUAUAAGUCAGUGCAGGAGAGUCUGUGAUUAUAAUCGUUCGAUGAAAGCACAUCUCAUAAUGUGAAUUCAUUUUUCUCAGUUUUUGUACUACAUAAAAAUUAAUGUCAGAAUGAAGUGUUUACAAAUUUUUCUCAAUUUUGUUAUAAGUAAUUUGCAGCUGCCUCCUACCAGCAAAAAAUGUUUUCAUGAUGUCCUCUGUAAAGCCUGUUCUCAGUGUUCUCAUGUAGUGCUCAACUCUCACAGCACUGUCCUGAAAUCUGUCAUGUCGUCUCUAUAAGGUCCCAGAAUGUCCUACAGUUAUGUUUCACUGUUAGCAAUAACCAUUGCUGUGAUAACUCUUGGGCAUUAUGGUCGCACAUUUUAUCAACUAGUUUCAUACCAGUAAAGCUGCAAGCUUUCUCCUGCCUCCAAAGCUUUUGACUGCCCAACUGUUAGACGUUUGUUCUGUUGUGGGAUUUGUCCAGACAUCAGAUAUUUUUAUAAAUGAUUCAUUAUCAUGUGAUAGUAUUUUACAUAAACCAUAGUCAGAGCCUGUGGUAUGAGAGCAGUAUACUAAAACUGGUGAGUAGUGAUGUCACUGCACUGAUGGUAUCUCCCAGUUCAAUGGUUCCCAACUGGUCCAGCCACAGGGUCCAGAUUUCUCCUUAGUCAUCACUUCAAGGUCCACACAGUUUAUUACAUUCAGCAACAUACUUGCGUUUGGCCAUGUCAUUGAGCUAGUUGCUGUCUCUGUCAAAUAGUUGUUCGUUAGUCACUCACUCUACAACAGGAAACAGCACUUCAGAAUAAAAACUCUGUGCGGAAAUUCCCUGUACUUCAUAAUUAAGUGCUUUUUACAAACUUAACACAUUUGCAAGUCACUUUUGGUCCAUUCGAAAUGGACCUGUGACCCACCAGUUGGGAAUCACUGUCCUAGUUGUUAAAGAGCGCUGAACCCUUCAUGUUGUUUAUUGAUCUGUGUGACUGUACGACAACACCAUGUAAUGCCUUCACUCCAAUGUUUGUAGAUAUAUUUAUUCAUCUUCAAGGUGCUUUUUACCCAAAUAAUGUAGAAAAACCUCUACGGGCUGUUUGCAAUAUCAUUGUGAACACUGUUGUAUUGUGUGUGUACUCCUCCUUGUUCAGGAAAAAUCUUGUUUUUCUGGGAUAAGUCAUUUAUAAAUUUGUGAAACUUGCGUGUGACUUUAUCUAUUGUCAUUUUUCCAAAUUUGACUAGAAUGUUUUUUUUAGUAAUCCAAAAAUGAAACUUUUAAACCUUCAAACUAUGCUCUGUCACUUCCUGGAGUUAUUAAACAUUUUCUACUGA